CCCCCCGCGCCCGGCCGGAAGCGGCGCGAUGGCGGCCCGAGCCCGGUCCGGUGCGGCCGCGGCCCCGGUUCCCCGCGGCCCCGCGGGCUGAGGCCGCGCCCGCCCGGUACCCUCUCCCGGUGCGCUCCCGGUCCUGCCAUCGCCAUGGCGCUCAUCGAGGGCGUCGGCGAUGAGGUGACGGUGCUGUUCGCGCUGCUGCUGGCGGCCGCCGUGCUGGGGCUCGCCUGGGCCUCCACGCGCGCCCCCGAGCCCGCGGCGCCGCCGGCUGAGGCGGCCCCGAGCACGGCCCCCGCCGAGCGCAAGGCCUCGACCCCGAACCCGGCCCCGGCCCCGGCCGACGGAGCGGCGGCCCCCGAUGAGGCGGAGGGGCUGCGGCACCGGAACUCUCCCGCGGCCGCCCCCGAGGGCCCCGCCGAGCCCACGCUGGUGCUGCGGCUCAAGUUCCUGAACGACACGGAGCGCCUGGCGCGGGUGCGCCCCGGGGACACCGUCGGUGCGCUCAAGAGGACCUACUUCCCGGGGCAGGAGCAGCAGGUGCGCUUGAUCUACCAGGGGCAGCUGCUGCGUGACGACACCCAGAGCCUGGCGGGGCUGCACCUGGGCCACCUGAGCGUCCUGCACUGCCACCUGUCCCCGCCCAGCGCGGCCCCCACGGCCCCCGGCAGCCCCGGUCCCCGCAGCCCCGCGCCCGCCGCGCUGGGCGUGGGCAGCCUGGCGCUGCCGCUCUUCGUGCUGCUGCUGGCCCUGCUCUGGUACCUGCAGCUGCAGCACCGACACGUCUUCACCGCCACCGCCACCACCUGCCUGGCCGGCCUCACCCUGCUCGUCACCUUCGUGGCCUUCGCUAUGUACCGCAGAUAGCGCGGCCCGGACCAGCCCUGGGACACGCGGGACCUGGAGCCACGCCCGGGACACUCAGAGCCUGCCAGCCCACCUGGGCCGUGCAGGGCUCUGCAUUCCGCCCGCUCAGCGCACCGGGGGCACGUGGGGCCUGCCCGCCGCCUGAAGCGGGACUGGGCCCUGGGCUGUGUCCCCCAGGAGUCCCGAGCAGGCGCCCACCCGGCCCUGUCUGCACACAGGGGCUGUGGCAGGAGUGGGGGCUCAGCUACCUCGGGGGGGUCCCGGUGCCCCCGUCCCUGCACGGAGCAUCCCCCCAGCCACUCCGCGUGCAGAAGCUCCGAGCUGCUGUCCGUGCCCCGUGAGCUUCUCCUCGUGGGACUGCGGCCUGGCUCCUCCCGGGGUCCCAGUGCCUGGGGAGGGACAUGAGCCCCUGGGGUGCCGAGGGUCCUGGUGCCGGUGGGAUGCGUUCCUGAGGUCUCUGUGCCGGGGGAAGAUCUGUGCCCCCAAGCGGUCCCGGUGCCGGGGGUGGCUGCACUCCCCACUGUCCCGGGGUUCCGAUGCUGUGUUGGGGGGUGCCACCCCCCGCCGCCGUUCCGAUUAAAGCGGACAGACUGUGA